AUGCACUUUAACCUGCUCUAUCCCAGUCUCUCAAGCUCAAACAGUGAAGAGAUCGACGGACAUCGAAAAGAAAAAGAGAGUGAGAAGCAGAGAAAAGGUGAGGAAUUAGGAGGCCAGUUUCUUGUUGAGAAGAUCCAGAAGGAAGGGCCUGAGGCGGGGCUGCAGUUAGCGUUUGUUUGGAACCGAAAUGCAGACAAACUUAGAGAUUCAUUGCCCAAAGAGCUGAUUCUACAUGACCUCUCAGAUUUCACACAUCGAGAGACCAGUGUAAUAGUGGAAGUGUGCCAUCCACUGAUAGUUAAAGAGUUUGGGGUCAGAUUUCUGUCACAUGCUCACUUCCUGGUGGGCAGCCCUUCUGCCCUCUCUGACCCCCAGCUUGAGCAAGAUCUUCGCACUGCUGCAAAACAGUAUGGGAAAACACUUUAUGUGCCCAGUGGUGUAUUAUGGGGUGGCCAAGAUAUUAAAAAAAUGAAUGACAGUGGAACUUUGCGGGCUCUCUCCAUCCGAAUGUCUAAACAUCCCUCUUGCUUUCGGCUGACUGGUGGUCUGCUCUCUGAUUGGAUGGAGGGAGAGGGGAGGCGGGUCUUGUAUAACGGUUCAGUAGCAGAGCUCUGCCCCAUCGCCCCAAAUAAU